AUGCAGACGAGUCGAUGUCGUCAGAACUUCCACGAAGCCAGUGAGUCCGGCAUCAACCGGCAAAUCAACAUGGAGCUCGCGGCCAGCUACGCAUACUUGAGCUUGCAUGCCUACUUCAGCUACGACGACGUGGCACUGCCGGGCUGCGCCCAGUUCUUCAAGAAGUGCGCCCACGAGGAGACGGAGCAUGCGGAGAAGCUGAUCCGCUACCUGGCGCAGCGGGGCGGUCGUCUGGCACUGGAAGACAUCAAAGCGCCGACCGUCACCUCGACCAGCUCGGUCAAAGAGGCCAUGGCCAUCGCGCUCGACAUGGAGAAGAGUGUAAAUGAGGUGAGUGCAAACAUGUUGCCAAUUGGCCAGUCGGUGCAACUCCGAAGCCCGGCCAACCGGAGUCGGUCAGGCUGGCUUGGGUGUGAAUGGUUGUGCAAAAGUACUCAUAACCUCGCAAACCAACCACAUCGAAAUUAG